AUGUUACAAGGAUUACACAAGGACAUUCAGCAAGCUCGUUAUGAGUCAUUGAUAAUAGAUUUGUCAAUAGCAUAUGAGGGUUAUAAAUUUUAUUUACCAGCAUUUCUGGACUUCCGUGGUCGAAUCUACCGGAGUGGACUCUUACACUUCCAUGAGCGCGAUCUUGCAAGGAGUUUUAUACAAUUUGCUGAUUCUAACAAUAGCCCUGCUUGCGCUCCUAUAACAGCAUUAGCUACAUGCUACCACUAUAAGUCAUUCAUCAGUCAAUCAGCUGUAGUAGAUUGGUGUGAAUCAUUUCUAAUUCAUACAGAUACCAAUUCCCCUAUAUCUUUAAUCAAUUAUGCUAGUGGUGCUAAACGUCCAUUUCAGUUCUUAUCAAAUAUAGUCUUAAUGGAACUAUCUAAGGAUAAUGAUUCAAAAAUGUGUAUACCCAUUACACAUGAUGCAUCAGCCAGUGCGUAUCAAAUAAUGUCAUAUUUCUUAAUGGAUGAGUGUAUUGCAAGGCGUACGAAUCUAAUUCCAUCAGAGAAUGGUGAAAUACAGGAUCUUUAUCUUUGUAUCCUUAAUGAACUGAAACCAUUCAUCCAAAAUGAACUAUGCGAUAGUAAUCUCUCAGUUCUCAUUUGUAGUUCAAUCACUAGAAAGAUGGUGAAAGGUAUCUUUAUGCCUAUAAUCUAUGGUAAAACAGUGAUGAGUACAGCUAGCGAUAUCAAGGGGUAUCUAUCUCAAUAUCUGACUCAAAAAGAGUGCUUUGAUCUGGCUAAAAUCUGCUUUAAGUUCUGGAAAGUGAAAUAUCAUAACAUGGAUUGUCUAAUCAGAUUGAUCCGUAGUAUAGGCUGGGUAGCAUCAUCUUGUGGUCGCCCUGUUCAGUAUAGUGUGGAUUAUUAUACUACAAUCCAAGACUAUAUGCAGAUGGAAUCAAUUAAUAUUUGGGUAUAUGAUAAAUUGCAUAAAAAGAGAAGAAAAGUCAGUCUGAGAAUCUCUACUGAUAAGCGUGAUAGCAAGAAGACUGGGGUCUCAACCUUCGUCAACUUCAUCCAUCAGAAGGAUGCCUUUAUUGCUAUGAAAGUAGUGGAAGUUAUGCUUUAUCUGAAGGCACCUGUUUACACAGUUCACGACAACUUUCUCACUCUCCCUUAUUAUAGCCAGAAAGUAGCUGAUAUUUAUAGUAAUUUAGUUACAAGAAUGGGGUCUCCACUUUUGAUCAUUAAUAAGUAA